UCACUCCCGGGCCUGGACGGCAGCCUGUCUGGGUCAAUCCUGCACUUGGCUAUGUGGGGUCUGGGAGGUCGCCUUGGCCUGCGGGCCUGGCUCGGCGUCCGCAGGCCACUGUGGCCUCGUUUCCAGAGCCGCGGCUGUCAGAGCGGGGAAGAAGGGGACAGGCUACAGCCUUCCUCGAAGAUUCCCAAGAUUUAUACCAAAACAGGAGACAAAGGGUUCUCCAGCACCUUCACGGGAGAAAGGCGACCCAAAAAUGACCAAGUGUUUGAAGCCGUGGGAACCACAGAUGAAUUAAGUUCGGCUAUUGGGUUCGCUCUGGCGUUCAUCACAGAGAAGGACCACACAUUUGCAGAAGAGCUUCAGAAAAUCCAGUGCAUGCUGCAGGAUGUCGGCUCUGCCCUGGCCACCCCACGCUCUUCUGCCAGAGAGGCUCACUUAAAGUACACGGCAUUCGACGCAGGGUCCAUCCUGGAGCUGGAGCAAUGGAUUGACAAGUACACCAGCCAGCUGCCCCCGCUUUCGGCUUUCAUCCUGCCCUCUGGAGGCAAGAGCAGCGCGGCGCUGCAUGUCUGCCGGACCGUGUGCCGCCGAGCUGAGCGACGCGUGGUGCCUCUUGUCCAGAUGGGAGAGACAGAUGAAAAUGUGGCCAAGUUCUUAAACAGACUCAGCGAUUACCUCUUCACCAUAGCCAGAUACGCAGCCAUGAAGGAAGGCAACCAAGAAAAAAUAUACAGGAAACACGGCCCGUCGCAGUCCAUCUGAGGCCCUUUGAAAUAACGGCCACUGUGUGGGCCCCUCUGAGCUGCUCACAGUCAUGUUUACCCUUCCUGUGCCCAUUUCAGAAGAGAGCUUACCCCAGGGGGACAGAAGUGGGCCUGUGGUACAGACUUGGCUUUGCCUCACACACCCUGGCACUUCCCUGGAGGGACCACUGAGGCCUCUGUCUGCUUCCCCGGGCUGUCCUUGGAGCACGAGGGACUGAAUUCCGUAUUGCAGAAAAGAAGGUCAAGUAAAAAGCUGCAGGGAGAAGGGUGAGGACUGCAGAAGAAGCAAUAAAAGUGGGAAAGGCUGA